CAAAAAUGGCGGCGCUGACAUGAGGCUGGGGGUGUUUGUUAUUACUUAUGGGGAAUGUGUGAGGAGCGAUAGUUACACUGUAGAAGAGUCCUAGAAGUUGAAGAAAAUAAAGUUCAUACGCAGUCCACAAAGACAGCAUGGCAGAUGCAGGUAAUCGGGACACGAGCCAGUCCCCCAGGACACCAGUUGCCACUGGCAGUGGCAGGGGGUUGCUGGUGGGCCGCCGGCUCCCGGUCACACUGUCCCCCGGGCGCCUUCCCUCUAUGCGUUCUCGGGACCUCACGCUCGGAGGGGUGAAGAAGAAAACAUUCACCCCAAACAUCAUUGGCCGAAAAAUUAAGGAAGAGCAGAAAGAGGAGGGGGGGCCAAAGAGGGGCAGGAGGGAGACGGAGCGUGGCCGUCAGCGGGAUGGGCGUGGCCGAGGCAGGGGCCGCCCAGAGAUCAUUCAGUCCCAUUCCAUUUUUGAGCAGGGACCCGCAGAGAUGGAGUUAAAGAAGAGGGGUACAUGGGAUGGGCAGAGGGACACUCCUACCAUGGGCCCCUCCCCCAUUAUUAACAUCAAGAAGGAGAAGCGGGAGACCGAGGAAGAAACCAAGGAGAUACUGCGCAUGCUGGACAAGGACAACUUCCUGGAUGACCCUCGCCUGCAUAAUGACUUGAGGAGCUGUCCUGUUCAGCUGCCCCUGGCUGUGUCAGGUUGGACCUUCAGGGAGGAGUCUAGCGAGGAUGCUGUCAAACUCGAGAACCUGAAGAAGGAGCAGGAAGCCGAUGGCAUGGAUGUGGAUGAUGCCGUGCCUAAAGUUAAAGUGAAAGAGGAACCAGCCGAGAUGCAGGAUGUGAAGAAGCCUGAGGCCACCUUCAGGCCCCCGCGGCUUCCGGAGCCCCAUCUGCUCCCUGUGCUGCUGGAUGCAUGGAGCCAGUGCAAGGAGGACGAGCUAAUCUUUGUGCAGCUUCCUGAUUCGCUGCCUGGGCAGCCACCCACUCAGGAGGUCAAGCCAAUCAAGAAAGAGGUGCAGUCACAGGAUGGACAGCCGAUGCUCCAGAAAGUUGAGAACAGUGAGGAGGAGCAGCAGGAAGACAACAGCUGCAGUCUGAAGGAUCUGCGCGAGGGUCUGGUGGGCCGGCUGCUGGUGCGAAAGUCCGGCCGGGUGCAGCUCAUUCUCGGGCACAUCACUCUGGACCUGGCGCUGGGAACUCCUUGUUCGUUCCUCCAGGAGCUGGUGGCAGUCACGACAGGGGAGGGCAGGACCGGCGAUAUGACUGUGUUGGGCCACAUCAAGCACAAGUUGGUCUGCUCACCAGACUUUGAAGACUUGCUGGCGAACAGGGCAUGAGGAGGACGUCUCGUUUUAUGUGGUUCUGAAGAGGAACCUGCUUGCGGGGGAUUUGGCAUAGGAUUAUUGGACCCUUUAUUCCUAGAGAAUGGGGGGUGGGGGUCUUUAUCAGUUUGAACUUGUUUUACGAGUUAAUGAGUCGCCUACUAAACAAUUCAAUGCAACCAAAGUCAAAAGAACUAAGAGAAUGUCUUUAUUUCUUAAGGCAGCAGAAUAAUGAUGGACUAUAAUUUAAUAUUCUCUUAUUAUUAAAAGCGGGUAGUGUGGUUAUUUUGAAAUAAGAAUGCUUUUGCAAGUCAUUAAGGAGAGAUUUGUGCCAAAAAAUGCCUAUCUGUGUUGCUUGAUAAAGUGGUCUUAGUAAUGCCCUGGGAUUGUUGAGGCAUGGAGUACUUCUUAUGUUAUAAGAUUACCCACACUACACUGGGGUUGCAUAUUCUGAGCUCUCCUGCCCCCAGCACUACUUGAUGAUCCGCUCUGAUGAAUGGGACAGCUGCUCGCCGUAUGUGACCAGGUUUAGGUGUUGAGUGGAACUAGAAUAUUUUUUUAGUUUGAACAAAUUUUGUUGUUAAUAAAAUAAUCUGAGAAAUUG